AUGGCACACGACAAAAGUCCUACGCAGUCAAACGAAGAUGACAAGCAUAAUGAUCAUUCCGAUAAAACAGUCAUACCUAAUAGUCUACAUGAAACGGUUGAGGAGACUUCAGGCGGUCCUGACAACACUUCAAUAGCUUCAUCAGAAUCGCAACAAAGUGACCUACAUUAUCUGCAUCAAGUAAAACCAUUAAACCCUUCAGAGUCACCCAUUUAUCCUGCCGAUUCGCCGUAUACUGCAUUUCCACCCCACAUUCAUCGCAAAGAGUCACGUCACAGCUCAAGACAUGAACAAGAAGCACCACCCAACACUAUACUUGGGCCAUUAGGCGAUUUAGAAAGAAGUGUAUCGUCGCUUGGGGAUUUGGAAAGACAACAAUCACAAAUGACAAGACAACAAUCGACUGUAACCUCUGCAUCGAAAAAGUCGUUGAAAGUACCCAUGAAAGAAAAACGAGGAUUAUUGGCACAAAUAGUAGUAGUGCCUGAGUACCGUGAUGCACGUGAUUAUCCCCAAAAGAUCAAGUAUCUCAUUGUUACUAUUAUUGCGUUGGCAUCAAUCACUGGACCAAUGGGAACUUCAAUCAUGUUGCCAGCAAUAGAUGACAUUGUCGAUAAACUACACACAACAAAUUCGGAAGUUAACGUGUCAGUGGGUGUUUACUUACUUUCAUUGGGUAUUUUCCCACUAUGGUGGUCAUCAUUUAGUGAAAGAUUUGGAAGACGCUCAGUUUAUCUUGUUAGUUUUGUUUUCUUUGUUGCUUUCUCCAUUGGAACUGCAUUAUCACCUAAUAUUUCUGGGUUGAUUGUGUUGAGAGUGUUGCAAGGUGGAUCAUCAGCUUCGGUUCAAGCUGUGGGUGCGGGCACUAUUGCUGAUUUGUUCGCACCACACGAGAGAGGAAAAGCGAUGGGAUGGUAUUAUCUUGGCCCAUUAAUGGGCCCCUUCUUGGCUCCAAUAUUGGGUGGUGCUGUGUCCCAGGCAUGGGGAUGGAGAGCCACACAAUGGUUGUUAUUGAUUUUUGCCGCUUGUAAUUUGAUUUCUAUGACUUUCUUUUUGCCAGAAACGCUAAGGAAAGUUGAUAAUUUACAAGCGAUCAAGGCAAUGAUGCAGAAUUCAAAUGAUGAUACGAACGAGGAUGACGAAAAGAGUAAUACUUCGCAAUCAGUUGACGGGGACCAAAACUCAUGUAGCGAUGGUAGCUUGAAUGAACAAAAGCGUAAACAAAAAGAAGAAGGAGGAGAAGAAGAAGAAGAACAACCCCGCGGAAUAAGUGAUACCGAAUUACAACGAAUUGCCACUAAUUUAAGCAGACGGUCGGCAGCAGGUUCUAUCAACUCACAUUUUGAAGGCGAAGAUGAUGAUGGUCCGGUGGUGGAUCCAGUGAUGCCGACGCUAUCACGGUUGACUACAAAUAGGUCAACCUACUCGCGUCGAUUACAUCAAAACUACAUUUCCGAAGAGGUGCGUCGAUCGGCAUCAAAUUUACCUUCAGAGGCGGCAUCACGAGUCGCAUCUAGCAAUUCCUUGGCUGAUGCACCACCACACAACAAAUGGGCUAGUUUCAAGAUCAACUCAUAUGACUUAUUCAUUCGCCCCUUGCAUUCAACAAUCUUGCUUAAACACCCACCGGUUAUACUAGUCAUUUUGUUUUCCGGUAUCUCAUUUGCCCUUAUUUAUUUUUUCAACUUGUCCAUCUCCUACGAAUAUGCCAAGGCACCGUACAAUUUUUCGCAAAUUAUUGUCGGUUUGAUGUAUAUCCCCAACUCCGUUACAUAUUUUGCUGCUUCCAUGAUUGGAGGCCGUUGGAAUGAUUACUUGUUGAACAAAUAUGCUGAAAAACAUGGUGAAUUGGUUCCUGAGUCGCGUAUUUCUUGGAAUAUCGUCCUUGCUGUUAUACUUUACCCCAUAUCGUGUUUUAUAUUUGGAUGGACUAUCAAGUAUGGUGAGUUUUGGCUUGUACCUUUGAUUGGAACCGCAAUUUGUGGGUUUGCCUCGAUGUUGGUUAUUGGUGCAACUGUUACUUAUCUUGUUGAUACACUACCAGGAAAGGGAGCUACUGGUGUCGCAUUGAAUAAUUUAAUCAGACAGAUUUUGGCGGCAAUUGCAACUUUUAUAGUUGAGCCAUUGUUGAGAGCAAUUGGGCCGGGUGUUUUGUUUAGUAUAUUGGCGGGCAUCUUGAUUGUGGCGUCAUUGAUUUUGGUGUAUUUGAAGAGAAGGGGUGCCUAUUUUAGAGAGCAUUAUGACUUGAUGCUCCUUUACGAUAAAUUAUAG